UUGGUGGAGAAUUCAGUAGAAAUCGGGAUGCCAACCGUCAUGGUGACAAUCAACUAUCGUCUCGGUGUCUUGGGCUUCCUGGCCUCGGACGAUAUCAGAAGGGACAAUGAAGCCGCAGGCGACAAGGGCGUGGGUAAUUAUGGCCUUAGAGACCAACUUCUUGCCUUCGAGUGGGUGAAGAAGAACAUCGCCGCUUUCGGCGGCGAUCCCACCAGAAUUACCGCAAUGGGAGAAAGC